AUGGAUUUACAUGCCGGAUGGCUUGCCAUCGACGCUUGGCCAGCAUGCCUUUUGAUCGCAGUUCUAAUUUGGGCUUCGACCCAUUGGCUGAAGCAACGCAGUUCGACACCAGCCAGGAGCGAUGAGCCCAAGCGCUCCAUCAGCACGGAGACCCUCUCCACCGCCACAGGGAGUGAUAGCCCUCGCAGCUCUUCCGAGAAGGUGCCCGAUCCUGUGACCUGCUGGCCAUUCAAGGACAUCUUUGGAGGUUGCAUGGGAUCCAUGGAUGCAUCUCCCCAAACCCGUGACGUCUCAUCUGGGUGGAACGCCGAGCACAAAGAUUUGUCAACUCAUGUCCACUACAGGUCUGAGCUGUACGGUACAAGCUUUGGCAUUAUCGAUGAGGACAUCAACCGCUUGAUUCAGGCAGUAGUACCAAAUCCCGCAAAACAUCAGGAGAUCGCCACAAAGCUUCGUGAGCUCAAGCGUCUUUGUGAUGGAUGGCCAUCCUAUGGAUGGGUACAAUCUCAAGACAAUCGAGUGCUGCUGAGGUUCCUCCUAGCGCGGCAGUUGAACGUGCAGAAGGCCUUGGAGAUGCUUCAGAACACACUCCAGUGGCGCCAACGAAGCGGUGUUUCCAACGUGCUGCCUUUGUGGGACAAGGCCCUCCACGAGCGUUUCGACCGCUACUUCAAGUGCUUGGCGGUCACUGGCACCGAUCACGAUGGAGAUCUGGCUGCGUCGCUGCGCUCACUAGCUUUCAGACUGGUGGCGCGGAGCCUAGCAAUGGCUGAUGGGGGCGACAAACCCUUUUGGAAAGACGAUGAGAUCGUCUGCGACAAAGAUGGAGUGCCCCACUACACCGGCAGGUAUCCCAGCCUCAUGAAGGAGUAUCGCCGUCGAGUCCUUUUCUGUUUCAACAACCUGGAAGGAGACGGCAAGGACGCAACAGAAGAGGCCAGGGAUUUGGAAAAGAAGAAAGCCCGAUUUGCCAAGAAGCUCCUGGACGCCCUGCACGGCGAAGCUUGGCGAGCCUGUCAGGAUCUUCUGACCAAGGCUGAUGAGCUCAAGAAGCCAAAUGGAUACAAGUUGAUCUUCGAAUGCCUCCAGACCAUCGAGAAAGCACCGAUCAUCCGGAAGACGGAAGCCUUUGACCAGUACUUUGAGAACUGCUUUAGGCGCAAAGGCCAAUCGGUGGAUGACUACCUCCGGAGGCGGAAGCAAGAUUGGGAAGAUCUUUGUGAUCUGAGUGACAACACCUCAAUGAGCGAGGACCUUCGCUCAUACUUCUUGCUGAAGAACAUCAACCUGGGCCGUGAUGACAGGAGAUCCAUCCUCCUUGCAAACCAGUCGGAUUACACCAUCGCUGGAAUCGAGAAGGCGCUUCGUGUCAGCUACUAUGAUGUCCAUGAGAAGGAGAAGAAACAAAGCUGGCAACCGAAGCAAGACAAGCCACACCGGCGUGAUGGUGGGUUCCGCAAGCGCGGAUGGGCUCAUUUGGCUGAAGAGGUUGAUGAUGAGACCGCCGAGUUCGAGAUUCAAGAGUAUGCCAACUACGACCUCGACGAGAAUGACAUGGAGCAAGAAGAUGAUGAAGAGGCCUAUCAAGUCGAGGAGGCCUAUGAAGUUGAACAGCACUCGGAUGAAGGGGCAUCACAAGACGAAGAUGUCUACAAUGCCUAUGCAGCCUUCGACAAGAUGAGAAAAGGCUACAAGGAGAGCCGUGCCAAGUUGAAGGAGUUGCAGAAGAAUCGAGGCUUCUUCCGAGCAGAUCUUCGUGGAGAGCUCACCUAUGAUGAAAGGAAGCAAGCGAUCGACAAGGAGAAGCAACGGACAAGAUGCGGCACCUGCGGCCACGUCGGCCAUUGGUCGGGGGAUCCUCAAUGCCCUCGCGCAUCCAAGUCCGGUCCCAAGAAGAUUCAGUCAGGUGCAAGUGGAAGCAACAAGAAAGGCAAGGGCAAGGGCAAGUCCCGUGGCAAGGCCUAUUUGGUCGGAGAUGGACCUUUGUUGUUUUCGCUGGAUGAUGAUGACGGAGAAGAAACGCAUGCAGCCUACAUGAUUGGUCCUGGGGAGAAGGAGGAAGAUCAGAUGCAGCAAGAUGCCGGGCUCAAUGACUUUGAUGAGCGUCGCAAGACAUCGGCCAGUCAGGCCGUGAGCCCACGAUCUUCUUCGAUUUGGGAGCAUGUUGCACCGAAUGACAUCCCCACAGCUUAUGCCGGCGCCACUACGAUCGCUGGCCCACGGCUUGGUUCAGGUUCACAGCAGGUAGCAGAGAUCACAUCACAAGUUGAUUGGAUGGUCCCGGUUGCUUCAGAGAAGAUGUCCCUGCUGUAUGUCAACAGCUUUCAGGAGGUGAUGCCAGACACGCCAAUCAUGGAGAUGAAGGCCCGUGAGCUGCAGGCAGAAUGUGAGCAUUGGAACCUCCAGACAUCCGGCACCAAGGCACAGAUGCAAGAUCGUUUGAACAGCUUCUUCCGAGGAGAUGCAGUUUUGAAGAAGGGCAGCUCAAGUCGCUAUGUGAGGUUGGUCACCGAGGCCCCAAGGCCGAAGUCCGUGGUACAGCCAGCUUCACCCAAGAGGAUGCCAAUGUCAGCCAGUUCGGCACCCAACUCACCGGCACCAAGUUCCAGCGUUCCCCAUGGCAGUCCGGCAUCAGUUCGAGUCACCACGGCAGUCCGACUGCACGGAGGAGGCCUGGAGGAGGAACCGCAGAGCCAAGGACUGAUUCUCCCAAAGUCCAAGUCGCCGAUCUAUGUCGAUGCCACUGUAUUCCAAUCCCUACGGGCAUGGCAGUGGGAAAGGCGACCAUGGAGGUCACGUGUCCGAUCUGCGAAAGCGCUAUGGUUCUUCGUGCGAACCGAGUUGAUGGUGGUCUUUUCUUUGGUUGCAGCCGUUUUGGAAAGCAAGAAUGCACUGGCACUCGACGAUUUGAUGAGGUGGUGCGGCCGGCAUCACAGUAUGGCCACCGGGCAUAGCCCGGCAAGUGCAUUCGAUGGCAGCAACAAUGUAUCACCGCCAUUCUUGGCAAGCGCUUUCAUGAGCCGGGAUGGUGAGCAUGAGCCGAAUUCGAUCCUUGAGCCCAAUGCCAAAGACUUCGAAGCGAACACGAUGAAUUCACUGCAUGAUGAAGGUGGGCAUGACUAUGAUGAUGGUCCACAAGAUGAGUCGCGACUUUGUUUGCUGGAUUCCGCAUGCACGGCCUGCAUGCACAGCCGGAGGUGGAGACAAGCCUAUGAGCGAACACUUCCUGCAGGCCUCAGCUGCCAGAAGACAGAUCAAACCAAGGUGUUCCACUUCGCCAACGGAGCAUCUACCGAGGACAGAGUUGCUGUUUGGGAGAUUCCCAUUUUUCUUGGAGGUCGUAGAGGACAGGUAUACAGUGCUGAACUUCCAGAAGGUUCUACACCGCUGUUGCUUUCCAUUCCUGCCAUGACAGCAUUGGACAUGACCCUCCAGAUGAAGCAACGCAAAGUUCUUGUUCAGUCGCUCAACAUUGAACUUCCCAUGUUUGUCACAAAGACAAAGCACCUCGCAGUUGAAGUGGCGUAUAAAGAAGGUUCAACAAUUCCCGAGCUUUCGAUGGAAGCAGCCCCUUCUGUGAUGUCUGACAAACGUGACCUUAUGGUUUACUACAGUGAGGAAGCAGAGUUUCCUUUGUUGGGCGAGAUGGCCGAUGUUGAGGUCUCCAUGUUCUCCCGCAGCAAGGACAAGCAGCAACCAACUCUUGGAGCACGUGGCGUCUUGGACAAUGAUGCAAGAGGCCAGCUGUCUGAGAGAAGAGCGAAGGAGUUGCAAGCAAAAGCUCAGAAAGCACAAGCAGUUGAUUCUCGCACCUGGGCAGCUUUGAAAAGACAGUACAGUCUUGCAGAGCAAUGGGCGACCAAAUCUUUUUCCACCACAGUGCUCUUCGAACCUUUUGGAGGGAAUUUUGGAGUCACAAGAGUAGCAUCCCAUGUUCACGGAUGGACGAACAGCCAACCGCUGGAUCUCAUGGAUGGCUAUGACAUCAUUUCCCCCGGAGGCCAACGACUGUUGUGGAAAGUUUUGGAAGAACAUGAUCCCUACAUGGUUCUCAUCGCCUUCCCAUGUACUUUCUGGAGUUUGUUGUGCAACCUCAGCCAAAGUGUUGACUGGGGAAAAUUGAGGAGAACAUUGGGUCGAGCAACAUUGCUUUUGGUCGUACGCAUUUGUGUUUUUCAGCACCGCAGAGGACGUUUCUUUUUGCUAGAGAACCCAGCCGGGUCUAUGGCGUGGGUAUUUGAGAAGAUCAUUGCAAAAUUGUUUGUUCUUACAGAUGCUGUUUACACCACAGGCGAUCAAUGCAGAUACGGCAAAGUUGAUCUGGAGAGUUCGAGGCCCAUCAAGAAACCAACGGGAUGGCUCAGCAACAACCAGUUUGUCCUCAAUCAGCUGGGUCGCAAGUGCACAUGUCGUUGGGGUUCACACCAGCAAGUUUUGGGGAGCAACCAAUUUGGUUCCAGAGCUCUUCAAGCAGCAGCAUACCCUGAAGGCCUUAGCCGGGCGAUUUGUUCCGGCAUUCUCAUGAGCAUGAAGUUUGAGUACAGCCUCGCCAUGUCUUACAAAGCAGGUUCACACAGCUUUGUCUCCUUUGAACUUGCCUUUCCAGCUCGUGAUGAGGUGGAUGUUGAUAUGGAGGAGGCAGAUCGGGAGGAGGUCACCAGGGAAGAUGCGCAGCAUGACAAGUGGACGGUCAUUCAACCAGAUCGUCUCAUCCGAGAGCAUUUUGUUCCAAGGUUGAGACUUUUCAUGCCGGCAGCUUUGACAGUGCCACCCAUUCCGAUUCACCGGAUCUUGCCCGGGAGACGAACUGUUGCCAAGUAUUUGAACCACAACAGUGAGGUUGUUGACAAUGAAAUUUAUGAUGAUGAAUGGGCAACAGGUGGUGUGAGAUCUAUGUAUCGUACAUGGGUGGGCCACACAGAGUUUCGUUUCCAGCCAGAGGAGCUUCAAGAGCGUUUUCAGCCUGUUGCAAUGAACCAACCUUCACAACCGGAGCUUGUUGAUUUUUCUCCUUUGACGCCGGCACCGGCGACACCUGCACCUGGUACACCAGGUAUUCUGCAGAGGAGAAGGGCACGUACACGACAGCUGCAACGUUGCUUCUGGACUGAGAUUGAGAGUCCGGAUGUGGUUGAUCUUUUGGAAAGAACUUCAGAGCACAUACUGGAGCAGGGAGCUGGCGAUUGGACACUUUUGGAUCCCAACAGCGAUCUUUUUACAGAGUGGCAAUCCCAUGAGUCAGCAAACGCAGAUGUUGUUUUAGCUCUCUGUUCACACCGUGCCAAGAGGAUGAAGAAACCUCAACCACAUGCAGGUCCAGCAGAUGUUCCAGUGCGUCGCUCAUACCUUUUGUUGGCAGGUGGAGAAGACGGCAAGCAAGGUCUGAGCACAGACUGGGAGGAUUGGGCACAGAUGGCACCCUCGUCACAACAGCGUCCACUUGUUGGUACACACCGUGUUUUCUACAUGGUUUUGUAUGGCAAGCCCGCAGGUGAAGCUGAUGAUCAGAAAGGUGACAAGUUUUUGCAACAAGAGCUGAGCGAGAACGGAAGUGGCAAGUUUUGCUUGUUGUUGGCCGUGAGUCCUGAGCACUUAGCCCGAGCUUUUGACCAAGAGGUUCGACAAUGGGCAAUCGUUGAUCAGGAACGUGAGUUGAUUGACGCAAUGCCAGCAGCUGGUGGAACAGGGUUCAUUGACCUUCGGAAAACUCCAUUACCACCUGCACUCACCGAAGGCGCAAUAGCAGAUGCGCCAGAAAGUCAGCAGGAGGAUGACGAUAUGGGCAUUCCGAUUGAAGGUCUUGAGCAGCCGCCACAAAGAGUUGAAGAACCUUCCAGUGAGGAGCAAGCAGCACCUGCGCCAGUGGAUAAUGUUUCUUCGGAAGACCUCAGUGCAAGCUCUACAUCCAUGGCCCGGAUGAAGCUGGAAUCUGACAGAGAUCAGAGAAGAAUGUUGAAGAGCAGCGAGUUCUUCGACAAACGAGCUCGUGAGAGAAGGGAAGCUCGUGAAAGACGACAAUCCGAUUUCGAAGAAGCUGAACGACUUCGUGAACAGCAGAGACAAGCAGAGGCAACACCUAUAGAAGAAGAUGUUUUUGAUGAGGAACUUCACGACUACCACCAGAGUCGACCGACCCGACAGUUGACACCAGUCGUGGAGGACCCAGCUGCAGAGGCGAAUGAAAGAGAAGCUAAACGCUUGAGAGUGUCUGAGGAUAGUCCUGAGACCGCCAAUUUCGUCGAUGCAGCAGACAAAAUUCCUUUUGCUUUCAUGGCCACCGAACAAGAAGGUUUUCUUGAGGAGACGGCAUAUGCCUACUACAUGGACAGGCAGCUGGCCUAUGAAGGCCUUGGUGUUAGUUUGGACACUUUCAUUUUUGGCAUGCGGCGCAACGACUUCUACGAGCGCUACAAGUCCAUGCAGGAGCACGCCAUGCAGGGCACAGCUCUGAGUGCCCCAGACACCAAGAAGAAAGGAAGAAAAGAAGUGAAACUUCAUGAGUUGAAGCCCGAGCUUCGUCGAGAGUUCACCAAAGAAGGAGGCUCAGAUCAACGAGAGUGGGAUGCUUGGAAAUCCAAAGAAGCCUGCGAUGUUUUGAGCCCAGAUGAGAGUCGAAAGAUUCAGCAAAACAGCCCAGAGCUCAUCAUUUCCACAAGAUGGGUUCGCACAAACAAGAAUGAUGGUUUGCAAAACAAAGAGUUUUUAGCAAAGAGCAGACUUGUUGUACAAGGGUUCAAAGACCGGUCCCUUGGACAUUUCAGGCGGGAUGCACCAACAGCUUCAGCAAUUGCCGAGUCGAUUGUUUUGGCAAUUUGUGCCUACCUCGGCCUGACCUUGUUCGCCAAAGACAUCAAGAACGCCUAUUUUUCUGGACGCAGUUUGGAAAGAGAGGUUUACUUGUCCCAACCUCGUGGAGGCUUGCCCGGCCUUCAAGAAGGCCAACUCCUGAGAGCUCGAAAAGCCAUUUACGGUUUUGCAGAAGCUGCGCGAAUGUUUUGGCUUGCUUUGAGGGAGUACCUCAUUUCAGAUGGCUGGCAGGAAAGUCGUUUGGAGCCCGCUUUGUUUUAUUUGAGGCAAGGCAACAAGCUUCGUGGAAUCCUGGUCAGUCACGUAGAUGAUCUUGAGGGAGGCAUACAGCCUGAUAUGUUGGAGACAGCUUUCUCAAAGUCCUCACAAGCACUUGAAUUUGCUACCAACCACUACAGAGACUUCAUUUUCCGUGGCAGGGAGAUUCACCAGACUCCAGAAGGACAUGUUGAUGUCAGCAUGAAGAACUACGCUUUGAGCAUGAAGCCGGUCCGCAUCGAAAAGCACCGUCGGCAGCAGCUUGAUUCAGAGCUGACAAAAGAAGAACUCGACCUCCUACAGAGUUCAGCUGGCGAGCUCGGGUGGAUCACCCGGCAGUUGAGGUGCGACCUGGCCUUCGAGAACGGCGUGAUUCAAAGAUGCAAGACAGAAGCUUGCAUAGCUGACCUUGUUCGCUUGAAGCAAUAUGUUGGACAAGCUCGACGAGGCGCCAACUUUAGACUUCGAUACUGGAGCGAUGUGAACUUGAGUGAAGCCGUGGUUGUGCAUUUAGCCGAUUCUGGUUUUGCAAAUGGCAGCCCUGAGCACAAUGGCCUUCUUCGCUACCGCUCGGUGGGAGGCUACUUCAUUCUCCUUGCCAACAAGGAGAUACUUCAGGGACAACCUGCAAGAUGCAACAUGAUUUGUUUUCAGAGCAGCCAAACCAAAAGAGUGUGUCGCAGCACGUUAGCAGCUGAAGCCAGUCACCUAGCAGAAGCGGUUGAAGCUGGAGAUUGGGUAACAGUUGUUUUGGAGGAGGCUCUGACCGGAGAUGUUGAUCUCCGGAAUUGGCAAAGUGUGAUAGAAAGAAGGGAAAGGGUCUAUGUGACCGAUGCAAAGUCGGUUUACGACUAUCUGCAUAAGGACGCCACAAGCACCAGCACUGACAAGAGGAUGGCAAUAGAAGGUGCACUCCUAAGGGAGACCGUGAGAAAGCCCAAAGCAGAUGUCAGAUGGAUCGAUGGAAUGCAAAACAUAGCAAAUGUUUUGACCAAGCACAAUGCCGAGAAGGACACCCUUCGAGAGUUUCUGAGGACAGGCCAAAUGUCGCUGACGCAGACAGAGGCCAACCAAAAGUUGAAAGAGAAAAGACGCCAAGAGCGCCAGAGCAGAAGUGAAAAGAAAAGAAGUUUCAAAGAAACCAACAAAGAAGCUGAUUUGAAGCAGAAAAGGACUGCAAAGGCCGAAGCCAUUCGACCUGGAGAGGCCACGGCCGUCAUCGACCUUGAAGGGAUCGACAUGAGCAUCGCGGAUCGACGCCUACUGACCCUGAGCAAGGUGAUUGGUCGCAUUGAAGCUGACAACUACCCGGAGGUGCUGAAGAGGGUCAUCGUGGUCCGGGCGCCAUGGUUUUUCCCAGCAAUCUUCCAGAUGAUCAAGCCCUUCAUGGAUCCGGGCACCGUCGCCAAGAUCCUCAUGCCCAAGCAGAGCGAGACCCGAGAGGUCCUGUUGCGGCACCUGCCAGCCAGAUGCAUCCCCGAGGAGCUCGGUGGCUCGUUUCCUAUGGACCGUCUACCUCCGGGAGGUGAUGUACCUCAGGACCUCGUGGAUAAAACUUUCCGGUGA